AUGGAUGAUAAGAAAAUUGAGAAGCAGCAUUUUGCUCGGGUUUUCGAAAUAUUUAAGAUUAUGGAGAAACAUUUAUUGAUGUAUUUCAUGAUAUCCUGCUGUGAAGGAAAGGUUUCAUUAUUGCUAACCAUUUUCAGUGUUGUUGGCCUAAAUUUUGAUUUUCUCGUGUUGAAUAUAAUCGGUUUUACGUGUUACACAUUCUACAACGUUUUGAUGUACUUCGAUAUGAAUGUUCAGGAUAUCUAUGAACGAACUCAUCCUCAUACGCACAUUCCAGUCUUAUUGAACGAUGUGGUUUUCGCUGUUCAUGCGCUGUUCGCGUGUAUUGUAACCGCCUUACAGUGUUUCUUCUAUGAGCGAGGUGGUCAACGUGUUUCAUAUACAUGUUCGGGUAUUUCGAGUGCAUUCAUCCUAUUUGCUGUGAUUUCAUUCAUCCUGUCGAUGACUGAUGUUAUCAACACCCUGCAGUUUAUCAUGUUCUUGUCGUAUGUGAAAAUGGCUGUCACCCUUUGCAAAUAUUUCCCUCAGGUAACGAACGAGUUUAAGCUCGAAAAUGUUCUUUAA